CGAACGCGAGGUUGCCGGGGCCGCAGACUGAGGGAAUGAAUCGCCGAGGCGGGACUCGCCUUCCAUCUCCGGGCGGCGCGGGUGGCGAGGCUCCGCGGUGCCGUGGGCUGUUUCGCGCGGCCGCCGCUAACCUAAAUUGGUAAUAAAUCAGUAAGAAACAAGUGUUUACAUUCACUCAAUGAAAAGGAUCGUGUGCAGGCUCCCCGCGGAUCGGAACUGCACGUGGACAGCUCUCCCCACUCCACUGUGAGGAAAAAUGAACAAAUCCCAGAACCAUGGACCAGGGUCCCACACUUGGAACAUGGGCUCUGGUGUCAAGACUGCCAGCAAGCCAAGAAGGGCUGGGGUAAGGGAAAAAGUGUCAUUCAAGGAUGUGUGCGUGGACUUCACCCAGGAAGAAUGGUACCUGCUGGACCCUGCCCAGAGGGUGCUGUACAGAGAUGUGAUCCUGGAAAAUUACAGCAACCUUGUCUCAGUAGGGUAUUGCUUUACUAAGCCAGAAGUGGUCUUCAAGAUAGAACAAGGAGAAGAGCCCUGGAUAUUAGAGAAGGGAUUCUCAAGCCAGAGCCACUCAGAAAGGAAAUGGAAAAUUGAUGACCCAUUAGAGAGCAGCCAAGACAAUCCAGAUGAACAUUUCUGGCAGCUUGUAUUCACCAGCAACAAAACAGUAAGUGUAGAAAGUGGUGACAGAGUAAGGAAAAUUUCUAAUCUGGGCACAGACCCUGUUUCUUCAAGAAAUUUUCCCUGUAAAGUUUGUGAUUCAUGUGAACUAAGCUUGAAAAAUAUUUCAGGCUUACUUACUGGUAAAAAGAACUAUUCCAGAAAGAAGUCUAAUGAGCUUAAUGUUUGUGAGAAGUUACUCCUUGAUAUUAGGCAUGAGAAGAUUGCUGCUGGAGGGAAAUCCGGUAAAUAUUUACAAAAAAGGAAUGUCCUUAGUCAUCACCAUGGUCUCACUCAGCCAGGUUUUGACCCACCUUUUCAGUAUAAUGAAAAUGGACAAGGCUUCCCUGAGGAGGCAGCCUUUUUAACACAUCAGAGAUCUCAGCUGGGAGAGACGGUCUGUAAAUAUAAUGAAUGUGGAAGAACCUUCAUUGACAGUUUAAAGCUCCGUGGAUCUCCGAGAACUCAUUUGGAAAUGGAGCCAGAUGAAUGCAGUGUGUGUGGGAAGUCUUUCUACAUGGAUUUAAGGUUUGGACAUCAGAGAGCUCUUACAAGGGACAAUCUUUAUGAAUACAAUGAGUACGGUCAGAUUUUCUGUGACAAUUCAACUUUCAUUAUCCACCAGGGAGCUUACUCAAGAAAGAUUUCCCAGGAAUAUAAAGUGAGUGACAAAACUUGGGAAAAAUCCCCCCUCUUUAAACAUCAGCUAGUACAUAUGGUAGAAAAGCCCUAUGACUACAAAGAAAAUGGAAAUAAUUUCAGUAAGAAGUCACAUCUCACCCAGCUUCGGAGAGGUCACUCAGGAGAAAAAACCUUUGAAUGUGGUGAAUGUGGGAAGACCUUCUGGGAGAAGUCAAACCUCACCCAGCAUCAGAGGACACACACAGGGGAGAAGCCCUAUGAGUGUGCUGAGUGUGGGAAAGCCUUUUGCCAGAAACCACACCUUACCAACCAUCAGCGGACACACACAGGAGAAAAACCCUACGAAUGUAAGCAGUGUGGAAAAACGUUCUGUGUGAAGUCAAACCUCACUGAACAUCAAAGGACCCACACAGGGGAGAAACCCUAUGAAUGUAACGUGUGUGGGAAAUCCUUCUGCCACAGGUCUGCCCUAACCGUCCAUCAAAGAACGCACACGGGGGAAAAACCCUUUAUAUGUAAUGAAUGUGGGAAAUCCUUCUGCGUGAAGUCGAACCUCAUUGUACAUCAGAGAACUCACACAGGGGAGAAACCCUAUAAAUGUAACGAAUGUGGGAAAACUUUCUGUGAAAAGUCAGCUCUCACUAAACACCAGAGAACUCACACAGGGGAGAAACCCUAUGAGUGUAAUGCAUGCGGCAAGACCUUCAGUCAGCGGUCAGUACUCACGAAACAUCAAAGAAUUCACGCGAGGGUGAAAGCUCUUUCAGCAUCCUGAACAUCCCAGUCAAACUUAUACAGUUUUUUAAAAUGAGACCAGAGAAAGCCAAAGAAUGCCAUGAGUUACUAGAAAAUGACAUCUUGUUUGAAUAUGUAAAAGCAUUCAGGAGGAAGUAAAGCUUUUCAUUAGUAAAUGUGUACUAAGGAGGACUCCAUUCAUUUAAGCAAGGUGGUAAAACACUUCAGAAUUUAUGUUGUUUAGUGUUAUAUUCCAGGUGAUACCAAAAUUAUAUUAUAAGCAUAACGGGCAAUAUUCGUCCACAUCCAUAUUCACAGUGGAAUCUUUUCACAAAAAAUUGAGUGACAACUGCAUUAAGUAUACCUGUGAGAGACUAUGUGAGUAUGUCGAUGCAAUGGAACUUUGCAGUGUGCUUAAUUUGCAUUCAAGCUUGUGAGGAGAAAAUUAUGAACCUUAGUUUAGUAAUUAUCAUGGUAUUUAUUAAUAUUUUUCACACUAGGUAACGCAGGUAUCUAUAAGUUGUAUGCAUAUGUAUGUGUGUAUAUACGAAUAUGUAUAUAUGUAUGUAUAUGUAAAUGUAUUUGUAAUCACAUACUUAAACACACAUAGUAAGUGAUGUGCCAGCAUCACCUCAUACUCACUGAAAAGUGCUGCUGACAUAUUUUCAGGAAUUUUGCGAGCCAGUUAAACAUGGUCAUUAUUUUAAAUUAUAUAAACUUAUAACUAAAGUGUAUUUAAAACAAAGUUAAUAAAUAUUCGACACUCAGCACUUCCCAGUUCUUUGGCUACAGCUCACUGUUCCUGUGUUGAAGUUGCUGUGUUACUGAAUCUAUGGUCAGAAUACCACAGAUUCAUGCAUUGCGUUGGGCGCCUUCCUUGCUGCAUCCGUCAGUUCCAGCACCUUGGUGGGUUGGCCUUGGUGGGACUUUUUACACCAUGGACAUUGGCGAACAUGGGAUAUCAGAGGUUUCAUUUUCUCAGUGAACCCAUUGUCAAAAUUUGCCAACACACUUUUCUCUGUGUGUAUGUGAAAAUAUAUUUGGCAGCUUUAAAGUACAAAUCACAUACCUACCCUGUUUUCUAUUUCCCGGCCUGGCUAUGGCCAUUACUACUGAACUGCCUCUUCAAUAAAGCCAAAAGAUGUUUUAGUGAGGUUUUUAACUACCUCUGAAUCAGUCCUGUUCUAAAGAGAACCCGAGUCUGUAACUUGGCCAAUAUAUGUUUUGAAUGAAAUAUUAUUUCACAACAGUAUCACCUGCCUUUUCUGUUUCCUGGUGUAUUUGAAUAAAUAUGGCCAUAAUUACUAAACUACUCUCUCCAUAGAAAAAUCAAACAUAUUUUUCCAAGGUUUUUAAGCUACCUCUAGGUCAGUCAGUGAUGUAAUUGCUGGUAGUAACAUUGGCAUUGACAUAAAUUAUGCUAAGUUAGUAUCAAUUAUAAACAGUAAUACUCACUGCACUGUACAGAUAAAGAGUGGUCAUAUGAAAUGAAAUGUCCAUCUCAUACUCGUGAUAUUUCAUCGUGGUAUCUGUAGGCAUGAUAUGUGUAACCCUAGUUCUGUGUAACCCAGGAACUGUGUGUUUGUAUUUAGCGCUAUAGGGCUGUUUUCUUAUGUUUCAUUGGAACAAAUGGGUAAGAAGGAUACUGCCCAUCUACUUCUUUCUUGCUUAGCUAAAUUUUAACCUCUUUGACCAUUCUUUUCCCAGUUAAUUUCAGGGGUAAACCAAAAUUAUUCAAAGCAAAUCAUGGAAAUUAAAUGCUAAUGAUUUUUGGGGGUGGGGAGUGAACAUGUGACCAAUGAGAUGUUUGGAAAAUACUCCGCAUCACUUUGGAGAAAGAGCUCAGUGGUUAAAUAUUAUCAUGACAUGAGAACAUGUGAGAGUCAUGAGAAGAAAGUGUCCCUCUUAUGCUGGACUUCUUCAUGUCUGUAAGAUAUGCAGGUGUGUCUGUGUGUGUGUGUGGCCCUGCAGGGCAGUAGAUUGAAGAUAACAAUGCACAAGCUGGGAAAAGCCGGCUCAGAGGAGACAUCGCGAGCUCUGCACUUGCUCUCUGCCAGGACCUUGUAUCUAUCAGAUGUGAUAGUAACUGUUUCUUAUUUGUUCUUAGGGAUGUCUGAUCCUUAGAGCUGAAGGAUCCAACUGACUCAGAGGAACAUUUUUGUAAGUGUUAGUGAUCUAUACAGUGAAUUGUGUCUUUUGACACAUUGGUGCUGGUUUAGCUGUUUGUAUCAGCCGUGAAUCAUUCUGGUAGAAAAAAAGGAUUCUUCAGUAAAAGGUACAUUAAUGGCAGACAGUACAGAGGUGUGGGUCAGAUGCAAGGGAUAUUAGAAUCCAUAGAGGCUAGCAUCACAGGAAGCCAUUGGCAUUCUGAGACCUCAGAGGGCAAGGAUGGACAGUGUUACCAGAGCUCAGUGACCCACUGUUGUGGAGGAGAGAUGUCUUAAAGAAUUGUGGCUCCAAGCUGCCUGCCUGCCUUUGGAGAACCCAACUACGUGCAUCUGCAGGUGAGCCCAUGUGGGCACAGAGAAGGGUGGAGAGAGUCUGGGUGGAGAAAAUGAAGAAUAAGCAGCACAAAUGUUUUUUUCAUUUCUGUAAGUUCCUAUGUUUUUAAAAAGCUAAGUAUUAGAAAUAAAAUUUACUCUACUAGUCAAAAGUUGUGUUUCUGCUUCCUUGUGCUUUCAGAUCAGCAUAAGUAAAUUCCUUUUAGAACCGAGCACUCUGGCAGGUUCAUCUCCUUUGACAUGUGUGAAGCAGACAUUGU